AUGAAGUCGAAACAACAGCAGCAGCCGGUCUCUGCUUCUCACGACGAGAACAUUCCUAUAACGGAAAUGACUGCCACACACGAUGAGACCCCCAGCGCAAAUCAAAAAGGUUGGAUCGUUGGAGGAACAUACCGCGAAAAACUUUACGAUGAACAAUCGCCAGAUUUCGACAACCGACUUUUGCAAGAGGUUGACUUCGACAUGCCACUCACAGUGACAAGGAAGAUGGAACACAAUGGAGGAAAUUUUCUUGUGCUUGAGUUCGUCGAGGGCGAUAAGGAAAAUCCUUUCAAUUGGAGUGAAAAGAGGAAGGCUUUCAUUAGUUGUCUGCUUUGCUUGAUGACCCUUUUCAUCGGUCUUGCCACAACAGCCUACAGUUCGGGUAUCUCAGACAUGGUUGAAGAUCUUGGUGUUUCCACCGAGCUGGGUCAAUUGGGUCUGUUCACAUUCAACUUUACUUGUGCCCUUGCUCCCCUCUUCCUGGCUCCUUUCUGUGAGCUGGCUGGACGGCGGGUCAUCUACGUUGGUAGUUAUGUUUGCUUCGUCCUCAUGUUCAUCGGGCUCUCACUUGGAAAGAACAUCGCCACUAUCAUUGUCUGCCGUGCCCUUCUCGGUCUGUUUGGAUGUGUUGGAACCAUCCUUGUCGGUGGUACCUUUGGCGACAUGUACACUCCGGCUCACCGUGCCAUCCCGAUGGCCUCGUUCUCCUUCAUUGCCAUCUUCGGUACCGUCGCCGCCCCGAUCUAUGCCGGUUUUAUCGACCAGGCUCUAGGAUGGAGAUGGGUGGAAGGCAUCCAGGGUUUGGCAAACAUCCCUCUUGGUAUUGUCAUUGCCAUUUUCUUGUGUGAAACCCGUGGUGGUGUAACCCUCUCCAAGCGAGCCAAGAUGCUCCGCAAGAACACUGGAGAUGAGCGCUUCGUCACCCAUAACGACCUCGAGGCUCCCGGCAUCAAGGAGAUGCUGCACAACUCAUCCGUCAAAGCUAUCCGUAUGCUUUUCACUGAGCCUGUUGUCUUUGCCUUUGGUCUCUGGAUUAGUUUCGCCUGGUUCCUGACUUUCCUCUUCUUGUCUGUUAUCCCGAUCACAUUCGCCGACAAGCGUGGCUGGGGUGAGGGUGUAGCCGGUCUCCCCUACAUUGCUCUCUGUGUUGGUACCACCAUCGGCUUUGGCAUGAACUUCUUCCAGAUCAAGAAGUACAAAUCUCUCGUCGCGGAUCCCUCCCGCAAGGUUGACCCCGAAGCCCGUCUGUACGGUGCCAUGUGCGGAGCCGUCUGGCUGCCAGUCGGUCUUUUCAUCUAUAGCUUCACCCAAUACGCCGAGCUCACCUGGGUCGGUCCUGUCAUUGGUCUGGCUCUCAUUGGUAUUGGAAUCUUCUUCAUCUUCGAGUCUUGUUACAGCUACACCUCUGACUGCUAUGGUGAGAACUCGUCUUCCGCCAUCGCCGGUCAGGGUUUCAUGCGUAACACACUUGGUGCUGUCUCGCCACUGUUUGCUACUCAAUUCUUUGAAAACUUGGGCAGCCAGUAUGCUGGGUUGUUGCUGGCUCUGAUUGCCACGCUGUUGACAUUCAUCCCAUUCGUGCUGUAUAAAUUCGGGCCUGACCUUCGUGCUCGGUCGAAAUUGGCUAGCACCACUGUGGCUGCUAAUGUCCUUUAA